AUGACUCUUACCUCACAAAGGUAGCUCCUCCGCCGGCAGCAACUCGGCGCCCGCGGUCCAUGGACCGGAACCCUGGGCCGACGGGCAGGAACCCGGGCCGCGAUCGCCGCCUCCCCGCCCCAGGCUCCUCCUCCUCGCUCCCCACCGCCUCCUCCCGACGCCCGCGGGCCGCGCACCGCCACCGCCGGGCUCGCGGAGCCGCCCCGGGAGGCUGGGUGGGGGCGUUCGCGGCUGCCGCGGGACUGAGGCCUACUCCGCCGCCUCUCAGUGCCAUUGUCCCUGGGCCCGGGCCCACUGGGGAGGCGAGUGCGCCGCCUCCGACGAAGAUGCCGGACCAAGCCCUACAGCAGAUGCUGGACAGAAGUUGCUGGGUGUGUUUUGCCACUGAUGAAGAUGAUAGAACAGCUGAAUGGGUGAGACCAUGCAGAUGCAGAGGAUCUACAAAAUGGGUUCACCAGGCUUGUCUGCAGCGCUGGGUGGAUGAAAAACAAAGAGGAAACAGUACAGCCAGAGUGGCAUGUCCCCAGUGCAAUGCUGAAUACUUAAUAGUUUUUCCAAAGUUGGGUCCAGUUGUUUACGUCUUGGAUCUUGCAGAUAGACUGAUCUCAAAAGCCUGUCCAUUUGCUGCAGCAGGAAUAAUGGUUGGCUCUAUCUAUUGGACAGCUGUGACUUAUGGAGCAGUGACAGUGAUGCAGGUUGUAGGCCAUAAAGAAGGUCUGGAUGUUAUGGAGAGAGCUGAUCCUUUAUUCCUUUUAAUUGGACUUCCUACUAUUCCUGUCAUGCUGAUAUUAGGCAAGAUGAUUCGCUGGGAGGACUAUGUGCUUAGACUAUGGCGCAAAUACUCAAAUAAACUACAAAUUUUGAACAGUAUAUUUCCAGGGAUUGGUUGUCCUGUUCCUCGAAUACCAGCCGAGGCUAAUCCUUUGGCAGAUCAUGUCUCUGCGACCCGAAUUUUGUGUGGAGCCCUUGUUUUUCCUACUAUUGCGACAAUAGUUGGUAAACUAAUGUUCAGUAGUGUUAACUCUAAUUUACAAAGGACAAUCUUGGGUGGAAUUGCUUUUGUUGCCAUUAAAGGAGCAUUCAAGGUUUACUUCAAACAGCAGCAAUAUUUACGUCAGGCACACCGCAAAAUUCUAAAUUAUCCAGAGCAAGAAGAAGCAUAAAACUGUGACUUCUCGUUGUUCUGCAGUCCUCUCAUUCUUAUGAGUCUGUUGUGUUGUUUUGAUUCCAUCAUUAAUGCACAGUAGUGGAGACUUGCGAUAAGCUGCUGCUCUCAUAUUUUUAAGAAGUAAAAUAAAGCACUUAGGGAAGGGGAAACCCUCUCAGUAAUCACGGAACCUAAGGAUGUGAUUUGUUUUCAUUGUUUUGUAUGUACUUCUUUUAUGGCAGUCAUCUGAACCAUCAUCUUAGCAUGGUGAACCUGAGUUUUGUUCAUAUUUUCUUCAGACAGAAAUGUAAAGAUCAAACUGUGCAAAUAUUUUAAAAUGCACAUGCUGUUUUAUUCAAAGUCCUCUUUUGUACAUGUUUGUGUUCAGUGUUUUCUUAGAAUCAACUCAGUGAAGGUACUAUGAGGAUUUUUCUCACUGGCAUAAUUUGAUUACAAGCUAAACAGGAGUAUAUGUUAAUAUGAGGAAAUGUAAAUUAGUUAUACAUAAUUAACAAACCAAAAAUGUAUGUAAACAUUCAAAUGAUUAUCUGAACAAAUGCAAUUUUGCUGUGUUUUUCUUAACCCAUGUGAUAUCCAAAAUGUGUAGGGUAAAAAUUCACAGGGCUUCCAGAUCACUUUUUCACUAUUAAAUUUUAUUUAUAUAAUGUUGACAUCUCAUAGUUCAUAUUGUAAUUUUGACUCAUGCAGUCUUAAUUACUGUGUGUGUGUGUGUGUGUGUGGUGUGUGUGUGAGAGAGAGAGAGAGAGAAGAGAAGAGAAGAGAAGAGAAGAGAGAAGAGAGAGAGGAGAGAGAGAGAGAGAGACAGAGAGGCAGAGACAGCGACAUCAGGUCCUUCCAUCACCGGAGUAAGGUUUUUAAAUUCGUGUUCCUAGAAAUUAGAACUGCCAGUUUAUAGUAGUUUGAGCACAGAGAACGAUUUGCAAAAAAUCAGUAAAGUUAUUUUCCUCUCCUUUCUCAUCGAUUCAGUUAUUCAGGUGUUUGUUGAUCACCUCCUACUUCCCCAGUCACUAUGCAAAGUGCUGUGGGGAUACAGUGGUGAACAAGACAGACUUGGUUCCUGCUUUUAUGUAGUUUAUACAGUCUAGUUUCAACAGGUAGAAAACCAGCAGUGAGUAAACCAAGGUGAGGCCUUGAGCUCUUUGUUUUUAUACCAGUCAGUGAGGAAAUAAUUAUGAAAACAAGUCUUGAGUAAAUAUUAAGGUCAUUGUUUUUGUCAAAUUAUUAUAAGAAAAAAAACAAUACUAACAUUUUUAAAUUUAAAUUGCUUGUCAUACUGAGGAGGCUAGCACCUUAAUAGUCACUGUUUAACUAGUUUUAUAUUCAUUUUUCAAAAGCAAUUAUUUAUUUUAAGCUGUUCAGUAGUGACCCUUUUAAUGUUCAGCGAUCUGGUCUUGGAGUUAUUUUCAUCAAUUAGUAUUAAGGUUUUUAAAGAUAGUUCCAAAAACCCUAUUUAUUUUCUUGUUCACAGCAUCUAAUGCAUGGCAAUAUGAAUGUUCCCCCUUACUGAUAAGUGGCCACUUCUCUUUAGGAUUGUAGCAAGUAUAGAUUGAGCUAUGUUAGAUUACAGUAGUAUAUGUUAACUUCAGUAAUUUAAGACUGGUACCUUUCUAUAGUAUGAAUGUCUUAAUUUUGAGUUAUAACAUGAAAUUUAUGUGAAUGGCUAUUGAACAUUCAAAGUUGUAAUUACUUGGGGAGGAAGGGAAUAUUUGACUGACAGUGAGCCUUAUAUUAAGAUCACUGCUACAGUUCUGAAGGGGAAAUAUAAAACUAAGAUUAUAUAUAAAAAUAACAGAUUAUAUAGCUGUGCUUAUAAAAUAUAUUGGCUUUCUUAAAUUUUCAAUAUGAAAAGACAUACUGGAUAUUUCCUGCAUAAUUUUGUUAUAUAGAACAGCUUUUAGCAGCCUUUACUAAAGUUACACAAGCACACAGUUCCCCAUUUAUUACUUUAUGCCCAAAAUGGGGGAAUAACUGCUUGGAUUUGUUUGGCAUCAGGGCUUGUGAGGGCCAGAGAAACAACUCUAAUCCUUUAGGGGCAGGGAGAAGGAGUUUUGAGGGCUGUGGGGAGGGAACUGCAAGUGCCUGGGGACCAGAGUAGCCUCAGCCCUGGAACUGAACACAUUUAAAUCUAAAGAGCCUUAGCUCAAGAAGUACCAGGUACCAGCCUCUUCAGAAAGUGUCCUGCACCACCCUGAAUCAACAAAAGCAUGGGCUGACUAAAGUUCGGUGGACCUAGGUUCAGAUCCUAAUUCUGCUUUUAAUAACUGUAUGUAUGACUUUCAUCAAGUGACAACUUGCUCUCAGCUACAGUUUUCUUCAUCUCUGAAAUACAAGUAAUACUUUGAAGACUGUUUCUAGGAUUAACUGAGAGAUUAAAGAAACAGAGAGAGGCACUUUAGCUAAGCUCAAAAUAGCCUCUACAGAGCAGUAGGGUCUUAAUUGCUGAACACUAGGAAAAGGGAACGAGGCAGUAAACGAGAAACAUGAGGGGACAGAUUAAAGGGAUGCUCUAGACUUUGGGGAUGGGCAGGUAUAUUUGUGUUUUCCAGUUUAUUUUCACGUUUCUUUACUGUGUUAUUUCUAUAAACUUUAAUGUUUUAAACCUCUUUUAUAAAAUUCAAUGACGACUAGUAGAAUUCUCUUCUUUGCAGAAUUUAACUUAUCUCCAAAGUGGCAGAAAAUAUUGUUCAUCAUUACAUGAUUAUCAAAUGACUGUGAAGAAUAUAAAAUUAAACUGAGUGACUUAAUUAGUCACUGCCUUGCUAACUGUGCUGUAAUUUUUUUAAAUGUCUUGUUUUUAACAUAGCAGACUAUCUCAACACUGGCUGGAUUAGGUUAAAUAAAGAAUUUUUAUGUUCUCU